AUGGACAUAAUCACGGAAAAAGAUUUGUCCGCAGAGCAAAACUAUAAUGCAGAUGAGUCUGGUUUGUAUUGGAGAACAAUACCAGACAAAACGCUGGCAUCUGACUUAGAAGUUAGAGCCUCAGGUUCUAAAGUUUUCAAAGAAAGAAUAACAUUCAUGCCCUGUGCGAAUGCUGCUGGGACGCACAAACUGCCUUUAUUGGUCAUUGGCAAAGCACAAAAGCCACGUGCUUUUACAUCUGUACGAAAGCUACCAGUACACUACAUGGGGCAAAAGAAUGCCUGGGUGACGAGACCUAUAUUUCUAGAGUGGUUUAAAGGAUACUUUAUCCCUGAAGUAAAAAAAAAUUAUUUAAGAAGAAUCUACCUGCAAACCAUUGAUGAAAAUUUCACAAUUUUAUACAUGCUUCCCAAUUGCACAGCUCUCAUCCAGCCAAUGGACAAAAACGUUAUUCAAAACAUAAAGGUGAAUUACAAGAAAAAACUUUUUUUGGAAUUGGAAUCUGAACGUACUGUAUCCAAUAUCUUUAAGAAGACCAAUAUUAAAGAAGCUGUUUUCUCAUUGGCUGAAAUUUGGAAUCAGUUAAAUGCGAACCUAAUAAACAAAUCUUGGUUACCCUUGUGGCCUCAAUUAAACGUCGAAAAACAUACAGACGAUAACUUUGAACCCGAAGAUGAGGUUCCCUUAGCUUUUUUCGUUAAUAGAGGCUUUUCUGAGGCUGCAAUUAAUGACUUCUUACUAGGCAAUGAUGACCUAAAUGAAACUGAACCUCUUACUGAUGCUGAAAUAUUAAGGCAAGUAACGCAGGAAUGUGACGGCGAAAGUGAAGAAAUAUCGCACGUUGAACCAGUAGCAAGCGUUUCCAAUUCAAGCGCGGUGUCUGCCUUUAAUACAUGUCUUGAAUGGGCUGACCAAGUGGACAUUCCUUUGCCAGAAAAAAUGCUUUUACGUAAAUUGCGCGACAAAGCUUUUUAUUUGUCAUUAAAUACCUGCCGAUAA